AUUGUCAUAUUCCUUCUGACAGUUCACUGUACUGUCAGAAAUAGAAAAUAAUUUAGCACAAUAAACAUAUAAAUAAAUUUUUACGUUUCCCAUGUUAUUUUAAAAUAGUAAUUCACUCAACUAUAAUUAUCUAAAAAUGAUUAAAUUAUUUUCAUUAAAGCAACAAAAGAAAGAUGGAGAACCAUCACCAAGGCCAGGGAAUCAAAAGAAAGCUUCAGCUGCACAAUUAAGAAUAACAAAAGAUAUUAAUGAGUUAAAUCUUCCCAAGACUUGUACAACAGAAUUUCCGGAUCCUGAUGACCUAUUAACGUUUAAGUUGGUGAUAUGUCCUGAUGAGGGUUUCUACAGAACAGGUAGAUUCAUAUUCAGCUUCAAGGUAGGUCCAAAUUAUCCCCAUGAACCACCAAAAGUAAAGUGCGAAACUCAAUUAUAUCACCCUAACAUUGAUCAACAGGGCAAUGUUUGCCUCAAUAUUCUAAGAGAAGACUGGAAACCAGUCUUGACUAUUAACAGCAUUGUUUAUGGUCUUCAGUACCUAUUCUUAGAGCCAAACCCAGAAGAUCCUCUUAAUAAGGAAGCUGCAGAAGUUCUCACCAAUAAUCGCAGAUUAUUUGAACAGAAUGUACAGAAAGCAAUUAGAGGUGGAUAUGUGGGUGGAGUUUAUUUUGAUCGUUGUUCAAAGUGAUUGAAAUUUGUGUACAUACAAAACUAAUAAGAUCUACAUCAGGUAGUCCCUGAAGAUUGUGUAUGUAAAUGAAGUUAUUUGAAAUUGGCAAAUUUAAUAACAAAAUAGAUACAUAGUCAAUUCUUUAUAACCUCAUUUCAAUAUCUUUCUCUCAUGUGGACUUUUAUGAGAACAAUUUUUACUCUAUUUAAAUCAAUUAAUUACAAAGAGUUGAUUAAUCAAAAAUAUAUGUUUUCAUUUAUCAAUGCUUCUUUUCUAAACAAAAUGAACUCAUUAACAAAAUAAAAUUAUACCUGAACAUAUUACCCUUUAUAAAAUUUUAUUAUGAAAUAAUUUUGAUGUACAGAAAUAUUUGAUUUAAUUUUCAAUUGAACCAAAUAUCCUAAUAGUAUGUAAACUCAAUAGCUUUGUUUGGGGGGUUAAAUUCCUAUUGAGUUUUUAGGGACCCAUCACUUACAAACCAAAAUUGUCAUGAAGUCAUUGACCUGUGAACGACAAUUUUGGAAGUGCGCAUUUGGUCAAUUUCUAAACUGAUUUGGAAUCAGACCUGUGAACAAAACUAACAUCUAAUGGGUCACCACACAUCGGUUUAGUAACAUAACUAUUUUCAGGGACUGUCUCCUAGGUAGAACAGCAUAAAAGUUUUUCUAAGGGCAACCUACAUUGAUAUGAAUUUCUAAUGUUCAUACCACAAUGGUCUGUUCUUCCCCAUGGAGUCCAUAAUAAGUCUCCUUCGAAUUUUCGCAUUUAUCAGACCCCACAACUUCCAUGUAAUGUAAUCCAUUCAACAACCUCUAAACUCUUCCUUUUAUGGUUCUUCCAGCUCCCUCAUUUUAUAUGUUGCAAUACUUUUGACAAUCCCAUUGGAUAUAUCCCUUAUGUUAAUACUUCAUCAUUACUCAAACACAAAAUUGAGUAUCUGCAGAGCUUGUCUUGUAUUAUAUCCCAUUGGAGACUAUAAGAAUCUUCUGAAUACUUUCACAUUCCAUAUGAUGUUCAAUGAAGAAGAACACAGACAACUAAACAAGCAAUGAGAGGAGAGAGAAAACUUUUUUGUGUUAGUUUGAUUGGAAAAAUAAGGAAAUUUUUAUAUGAUAUAUAAUUUUCUUAGGAAUGGACCUAAUUUAAGAAAAAUUAGGUUAGGUUAGUGAGUAUGUCUGCUGUUUAUCGUCCAUAAUUGAACUUGUGGGUUUGGAAUUACAACAAACUGCCUCGAUGCAGCUUUUGGGAUGCAUUGACCAGGUGGAAGGGCAGUGACAGCGUAUGUGUUAUUUUCAGUCGUGAAAAUAAUAGUGAUAGUGAACAAGUUAGUCCUAGGAAUUGGAUUCACCUAAUGACGAUAGAGGAGUUUUCAAAAAAAGGUAGGAAAUUUUCUCGAAGUUCUUCAUAAGCCAUUGCUAGAAGCUGUAUGAGGAAUAGGAAAGUGUCGUCUUGAAUAUUCGAGGAAAAAGCCAUAUAGUAGUGUAGUAGUGAUCCAGGCAUUUGCUAAAUUCGAUUCGUCCUCUACGAGGGUGAUUAAUUUGUUUGCAUCUGACAGUGGAAGAGCCAAUGUGAUUCACGAAAGUUGUAUUUCGCUUUUGGGAAAAGGGUAUUCUGUCAGCUGUGCUGGUCAUUGUAUCACCAAGAAAGGGUAUUCUUGGAAUUCAAGUCACUUGUAACAAUGACUUUAGGAAGAGUGGAUACAUAUUCAAGAAGGUCAAUAGAAAGGUUUCGAUAUGGUUUGUUGUAAUAGGAAUAGAUUAUGAAAAUCCAAAUUCUGUUAGAAUGGCAAUGCUUAUAUAAAUAUAUACAAAAAUCCCUGCAGACAUAGAAACGUAACUUUUUCUAGCAUGAUGUAACCAGCUACGUAUAAUUUGGUGCUAUUGUAUACCAAUGGAAUAGUACAUUCCUUGCCAUUACUUAUAUUGUGACGCCCGUAUUGCGCUUUAGAAAACGGAUUUUCAGUUGUAGGCAAUUAUAUGUGUCAUUAUAACCCCAUGGGAAAUUUUAAUAUACAGUAAAAUCGAUAGGUAACGUUGACAACAGCGUCUGCACGUGUGCCACACAACGAUAACGCAACCUAACCUAGGGUUGCCAACCUCAAAUUUUAAAAACCAGAAUUUGAAGAUAGAAAAACCAGGACAAUUCUGUUUAAAAACAGGACGCAUUAAUAGAGUUGCAAUAUUUGAAUAAAUAGUGAAAACAGGUGAAAUAAAAUUCUAACUAUUAGAUACUAUAACUUAUAGUAUCUAUUAUUUUUAUUAUUAUUAUUGUUGACAAUAGUAGGUGGUUAAAAGAAAAAAAACUAUGAAACUAUUGUUUCAUAAAUUUAAAGAUGAAAGUUUUUCAGAAUACUGUUCACACUUUUCAAUCUACUAAAAGUCUGUUCUUGAAAAUGUUUGUAUUUGCAAAGGUCACUGUCUCUUCUUCUAAUGCAUUCCACAUAUAUACUAUACGAUUUGUCAAAAAGUUUUUCCGGGGCAACUUUCAGUUUGUUUGUUCCAGCUCUUUCUCUAACACCAAAGCUCGUAUUACAAUUAUCUCCUGAGAAUGCAAUACAUUCUUAUGUUAUAUUUUUGAAGCUGAUCACUUACUAAACUCGCCAAAGUUUCUGCAGUUUCAUCGGAAACUGUUUCAAUGUCUAAUAUCUUGGACUUUAUGCCUUCACCACGAUAAUCGAAAUACUGAACCAAUAAAGGAAUUAAUUUAAUUGCUCUAUGAUUGCUAACAUCACAAGAGACACUAACACACACAAUGAGGGUUUAAAACGUCAGUUGCUUUUGUUCUGCUACACGUCAUGUCUUUUGCGAUUUGUACCUCUUCAGCAGCCUAGUCUUUCUUUAUAAAAAUGUCUAAGGCUCAGAAAUUCCUACCUGGAAUUGUAAUCUCUUCUUAUGCUUGGCUGUUUUAUGAUGUUCCUCAAUAUCUAUCGCACCUCUACUGGCUAUAGAUAUACUAGAUUCAGCAAUACAAUACACUUCAGAAUCGGAUUUGCCGCGUUUGAACGACGGAAACCUUUUUCCUAAAGCUUCAUUGAAAGUGCUUUAUAGUUUCGACAUACUUUAGAGGAAACAUUAAACUUAUAAACACAGCUGAAACAAAAGAAAUUCCGGUAAAAAGCGAGGUCGUAAAUUAGAAAUUAACACAUUUACAAGUUUCUUUCUACUUUAAUUUGUAUUCUCUGAAUAAAUAAUACCAAUAAUACAAUACGAUAAUAAACACUACAAUACAAUCAUGAAAGAGGAGCGCGAAUUUAAAAAUCCAUGACGCGGCUUAAAAACUAUUCAGGACACUACAAAAACUAGAACAUGUCCUGGGAAAACAGGACGGUUGGCAACCCUAACCUAACCUAAACAUAACAACCAAAUAAUUUAAAUAAAAACCCUUUAACGGCGCGGCGAGAAUAAUUUUUUGUGUGCAAAACAAAUAAAAAUAGUAUGGUUAUAUAAAAAAUUGUUUAUUUUUAUUGUUUUUACAUUUUUUCUUGAAAAAAAAAUAGUACUUUUCUCAAAAUGUACUGUUACAUAUAAUUGACGCUAGCUGUUUAUGGUAUACAAAAUGUCUACGUUUAAUUAAAUUGCACUGUAAACAUAAUCCAACAUCACAUUUAACACAAAACGAACGUAUAUUCGUUUAGCAUCCUUCACUAGUACAACGGCGUCUUUUAUUAUUAGGGAUAUUGGUUAAGAAUCCACGUCAGUUGUUUGUCCAGAUUAUCGAGCUUCUCAAUUAUAGAGUAAACGCUGCGGUAGUUUUCAGGACAGAUAAUGAUACGAAUGUCCUGGGUUUCUUCUGAACUAAUGCUCAGGACUCCCUAUGCGGCCGCGGUUAUAUUUGCGGUUACAAAACUUUCUCCCAUCAAUUUGAAAGUUAAUACCUGGACCACUAAUCUUGCUACGUGAAUGUUGCUCAGCUGAGAAAGUCUCAACGACCAUUCAUCUCGCAACAGUGUUAUUAAAAAACAAUUCCAAUAGGCCGGACUUACCGGUGAGCUAUUGUUUCAGAUGAAAGCAUAGUGCGUUCAGAUCUCAUGUCCAAUAGGCAAUGGCUUUCGAGUGAAUCUAUAGAGCAACCUAAAAAGCACAACUAUAAUAAUGAAUAAAUAAUUUACAUAUCUAAUAUCGUUGUGAGGAGGUAGACGAGACUCCUCAAACUAAGUGUCCUUAUCCACGCGUCGAGUUCUACAGAAUGAACGUCUCCGCGGUAAUAGAACACUCUAAAGCCAUGCUGGGCAGUAUUGAUUUCCAUCCUUAUUAGAUGGCGGUCACACUGCUUUUCUAUAGACACCAAGCUUUGCUGAUGUGUCCAAGAAUAAGCCGCAUCUUUAGUGAUGAAGGGCAGUUUGCGCGAGUUCCAGGUAGGUACAUAUAGAUCUAUGUUCCAAAGUAUAUCAAAUACGAGUAAUUGGAAAUAAUAAUAAGUUGCAGCAACAAACAAAAACUUUUAAGAAAAAGAAAAGGAAGCGACCGUUCUGUUUAAAAGCAAAACACAAUGUUGGCGUCCAAAACAGUCGCUAGCAGCGAAAAAUUAUUAAGUGCAUGCGUGGUGAUGAUUUUGACAACCCCACCUAUCGAUUUUACUGUAUAUUAAUAGAACAUAUAAUUGCCUACAACUUUUUAAGGGGACGUUUUCUAAAAAAAACUUUCUUGUAUAGGUGACAGUCCUCUAUCGAAAUUAUAUACGAUACCUUAAAAUAUUUGUGUACUUAACCGAAUUUGAUCCCCUCUAAUGCUCUUCAUAUCUUAAAUCACUUUUUUAGCCAAAUAUUUGACAGUUUUUUAUUGCAGAAAAUGCCUUACAAAAGUUUAUUCUACAAAAUAAUAAUUUGGAAAUGUGAAAGUCUUGUUAAUUCAUUAUUAGAUUGGGAGAGUUCAAAAUAUGCCAUGUGAAGCUGUCCAAUUUUUCUUCUGAGUUCACCAUAUAUUAAGCUUCUACAAUUGUUAAAAGUUUUUCUGUUUCCAGUAACCCUUUACUGCAUUAAUUUAUAUAUUUUGGUGAAUAAUUUGGAAGUAAUAAACUAUUUUUAUUAUA